AUGGCCAUUGCACAAGUAGCUCCGGAGCAAGCGGUGAUGACUGUGACUGUGCUGAAGCCACAGCCAAAGAUACCUGGAAAUCGAUGUUGCUGCAUGUGUUGUGGUGGAGCUCCUCCUGACAUCGACGUCAGCAAGAUUUUUGCCGCAGGGGGAAAGUAUGCGCAGGCAGAAGACGGUCGCAUCAUUGAGUACUAUACCUAUGGCAGUGAAGAUAGGGAGGCCCAGAUUUUGUUGCAGAUCAAUGGUUCCUGUGGCUCAGGCCGUCUCUUCAAAGAGAUGACGGGCAUCGUGAAUACAUUUCAAGAGCUGAAGAUACGAGGCAUCAGCAUCUCCUUGCCGGGCCAUGGCUUCUCCUCCAAUCAUCCGUCGAGGAGAAUCGGUGAUUGGCCCCGGCAAGACGUAAGGCCAGUGUUCGAGAAGGAGAACAUCACUGGACAGUUCAUGGUAGCAGGAAUGAGCUUCGGUUCUUCACAUGCCAUGGCGGUCAUGCACGAGUUUCCGGAACGGGUGACCCACGCGCAUUUGCUCGUACCAUACCUCCCGGUGGAGGUGCGACGGCAAGAGGGUUGGAAGCUCUACGGCCAGGACGACGCCUUGCGCUGUGAGUACCAAUGGGCCAGUGGCUGUUGGCCACGAACCUGCUGCCUUUAUUGCUGUUGCAGCAUGUGCUUCAACUGCUGUUGUGCUGGAUAG